UGAGUGUAUGUCUUAUCACAAUCUCGAGUUACAGAGUCUUUACUUGUACUGUUCAUGUUUCACUAUGUUACUGUGACCAAAGAUCUGAAAUCAAAAUUAUAUUGCCUAUCUAGUGAGCAAGAAAAAACAAACAAUGGGUUUGAAAACAACAGUCAUAGGGAGUUAUCCUAAACCAGACUACCUGAGUCUACCAGACUGGUUUCGUUUGAACAAGGACAGAUACACAGCCAGGCACUUUAAUGAAUCAAUUGAAAAUGCACCAGAAGAUUUAGAGAAGACCAUCAUGUUGGCCACAGAAGAUGUGAUGAAACAGCAAACAGAGAUGGGGAUCGAUAUUAUCACAGAUGGUGAAAUAGCUAGGGAAAACUACAUUUGGUAUUUUUGUCGCCAGUUAAAGGGGUUCAACUUUACAGAGUUAACUCCAACAGUAUACAGGAAUGGAGCCUGUAAGACUGACCUACCCACAAUAGAUGGCCCAGUUGCUCCAAUGUCUGAGAAGCCUUGGCUCUAUGAGAAGUGGCUAGCAAUACAAGCUUUGACAACCACCGCUGUGAAGAUGACCAUUCCUGGCCCUAUGACUAUCAUUGGCACAACAGCUAACAAGUUUUAUGUUGGACGUGAGCAAGAGCUUAGUGAGAUUCUGGUGCAGUGUAUCAACAGAGAGGUGAAUGCAUUAGCUGAGGCUGGCUGUAAACACAUCCAGAUAGAUGAACCUAUUUUGGUGCGCAGUCCAGAUAUAGCAAUGGACUAUGGUAUCAAACAUCUAGCUGCAUGUUUUGAGGGCAUUAACAAAGAUGUAGAGAAGUCCAUUCACCUGUGCUGUGGCUAUCCCCAAUACUUGAACCAGGUUGGCUACUUAAAGGCAGAUGCUCAGAUAUACCAUGACCUUGCACCAGUGCUGGAUGAUGCUGGAUUUGAUGCGAUUUCCAUCGAAGAUGCUCAUAGACACAACGACCUCACGCUGUUUGAUAAAUUUAAGAAAUCCACCAUAAUACUUGGUGUUAUUAAAAUAGCAGAGGACAAAAUUGAGACAGUUGACGAGAUUACUACCAGGGUACAGCAAAUCCUGAAACACAUUCCAAAGGAAAGACUUAUAUUGGCUCCUGAUUGUGGACUUGCUAUGUUACCUAUGGAAGUAUUAAAGUUGAAAGUUGCAAAUAUGGUAGCUGCAGCAAAGUUGCUUUAAUUAAGAAACAUUGUGGACUCUGCAUCUGAGAUUAUAUUUUCUGUCCAUAUGAUGACAUAACAAAAAAUGCUCAUUAUGUGGAUUUAAACAUUCAUUGUAUCAUAGAGUUUAACAUAUAUAAUGAAUAGACUAGAUGUACAUUUUCAUUUUGUACAUUUUUAUAUGUGUUCUUUCAAAUUGUAUUUUGCAAACAACUACCUGUGCUAGUACAUGUAUUCUCAAAAACUCUUUGAAAAAAUACAAGCAACGUUGACUGUCCCUGACCAGAACCUUGAAUGCAGUGCAUAUCUCUAAAAUUAUUUUUAUUUAUUCAUGACUAAAUGUCACAGAUAUCAUCAAUUCCAUACAAACUAGGGAUAUCUUUGAGCAACAGAUAGUCUUUAGACUUAAGAUCAAGGAGUGCUGCAGCUUCAUUGAUUCUAGUUAUUCCACCUAGGAUUUUUCUGAUCUGUUUUCUGCAUUGCGAUUUUAGUCCAAAUCCAUGUUGUAGAAGUUGAUUAUUAAUGGAAAUCCUAUUUUCAUCGGUUAAUCGAUUUUUCCAAAGUGGCAUUCUGGGUAAAACACUUGUAUCACAACCUGCUGCCACUAACAUUAAAGCGACAUCUGGUGGCUGUUUGUAUAAAAUUGUUUGCUUAAACGCAACCUCAAUAGGGGUCUCUGGUCGAUCAUAUCGGCUAUCUGACAAUACACGAUUUGGUGUGUCCAUAUCACAGUUAUAAUAGAGGAGUUUAUAAACAAUGUCCUUCUUAUUUUCCAUAACUCUAUUAAUAGCACACAUUAAUGGAGUGUUGCCACGGUCAUCGCUCAUCCCCAAUGGAGACCCCUUGGCUAGUAAAACAUCAAUGAUUUCAUGUGAGCACUUGCUGCUUAUUGCGAUAUGUAACGGUAGCUGACCAUGUAUGGUGUUUCUAAUAGUGAAAUCUGCACCUUUUUCUAUAAGCAGCAGAGCUAUAUCAGUAUGUUUUUUAGAGCAUGCCAAGUGCAGUGCAGUAUUCCCCUCAGCAUCGAUGUAAUUUACGUCAAUACCUGAUUCCAGGAGUAGCUCCACAAGGGACCUGUUAUUGUUCUUGGAUGCUUUAUGUAGCACACCUAGUCCACAGGGGUCCAUCUCCAGACUGUGCAUGUUGGCACCAUGGCUGAUCAGGAACUUUACAACAUCAAUAUUUCCUGAAACAAGAGUUAAUAAAAAUUAGCAAUAUUGUGAAUAUGCCAAAACAUUUCCUGAUUUCCAAAUGUUACUUGUACUUUGUAAAACAUUUACAAUGCCACGGAGUACAAAAUCUCAAUAAACAAAUUAUUCAGCCUAUCAAUCUAAAAUAUGUCACAUUAUUUACAUCUCUUGAAAACUGAGAUGACUAGGGAAAUGGAAACGACGGGUGAAAUAGAUACUAUUGAUAGACAUAAAAUGAAUGUAGAUCCAAUGUAUGACCUAAUAUGAAUGUAGAUAUGACCUAAUAUGAAUGGCAAUUUCAAUUUGUACCACAAGUGUUGAUGGUUGGACUGAAGGACUGAUAGAUGGAGGGAUUGAUGAAACAAUGUUAGAACACCCAGUCAAUACUUCAAGCAAAUCAUUUACUUCAUAGAACACUUUCCACCAAAUAUGACGAAAAUUUCUCCCGUAGUAUUUCCAUUACUUUUCCAGCCAACAGAUGGACUGAUGGAUGGAUGGGCAGAGGACUUGAUUACCAAACUUUGUUCUUUGGUAAACAAUC